AUGCUUUACUCCACUCCACAUUUUUGGUGCUGGCAACGCCGAUUGAAAAUAAUUGAGGAUGACAACUGCCAUAUGCAAACUCUUUUCUUCUCCCUCGCCUCUACAGUCGAGGCGGACGUCAAAGUGGACAGUGAAGCCGAUGCCCCUCUCGAAGGAGGAGCUCAACCCGGCCAGGCUCUGGUAGGCAGGGCCGGCGAAGAACCGACUCGAGCCGAUGAGUCGGGCGAGGACUGCAUUCUGUCAACUCAUGCGGCCGAUCAGCUUUUGGACGCGUCGAACAGAUCUGCUGCCACGGCUUUGGACACAGAGACACCGGCCGACACCAGCAUCCCGACCAGCCGCGCCGCCACGUCCGUUGCCAGCUCCGAAGGCUUGAGUCCAGAGACCGGUGCCUGCUCCGCCUCGUCCGUCGCCACCGUCGCCGGGUUCACGCCUGCGCCCGGCUCACUAUUCAGCGCGCCCGGUGACAUUCUUCUCAUGACGGCAACCGAUUCUACGGCUCGCCUCCGCUUGAUCCGGCAACCGGAGACGCAGCAUCGUGCUCGCUACCUGACCGAGGGCAGCCGGGGUGCCGUCAAGGAUAAACAGGGCGAUGGAUAUCCCAUGAUUCAGGCGAGCCACUCAUCAUUUCUACACCCUCCUUUGCGCAUUAUCACCGCCUCGUGCAUUGCAAUCAUUCAGACUUUAUCGCCAACCGCACACGACAACAUCAAGACGAUCACUUACGCAUUAGACGCACGCAUACAGGCAUGCAAAUGUCCACUUACAUUAGCGGAACUUCACGAGAGGAUAUAA